AUGCUUGUGGUUCGCAGGCCCCUGCGCGACGGCAACAGAGAUCGGCUGAUCGGCCUGCUGACUGAGCGCGCAACCAAGACGUUGAUGAUCUACUUGAUGGAGAUCAACCCCACCCACUACAGCUGGCUCAUCGAGUUUUACAAGGCCAACCCCAUCCCCAAGGUCGGCACAUGGGAUGACGUCAGCGGGGAGACGUUCCUGCGGCAGCUGUUGUCCAUGCCCAUAGAGGAGGCCACGUUCAAGACUGGGCGCCAGGACCUCUUCAACAAUGUGCAGUCGAUGGGCAUCGACCCCCGCAAGUGA